AUGGAAUUUUUCAAUAGGGAGGGCAAGAUUGAUGAAAACGUCAUGCUGGGAAAUAUGAUCCGGGUGGUUUCAUCACAGGGCAGGAUUGGGCAGAUCGUUCACCUGGUGCACCGCUUGGAGAUACUCUUUCCGAAUGUCUCGUUUCGGAUCACGGAUUUCUUUGGGAAGCAUCUGCGAUAUGAAGCUGGGGUUGUGGAUCCAAAGCUUGUGGCUCCUGAGCUCGUGCAGCUCAUAGCGUCGGGUCGCGCAAGUCCUGGUUUCAUCACGAGUAAGGUAAUCAUUAUUAAAGAGGCGCCGCGCCAACAUACUAUCAGCGUUUCGACGGUCAUGAAGAGAUCAAGGUGUACAUACACUUUCCAUAAAGUCAAGAUGUGCAACAUGCAUGAUACUUUCCAAUACAGUAAACGCGGAUGA